AAAGUGGUUCAGGGUACUUGAAUUUCCCAACUCACACAUCAAAUCCACUUGAUCAUUUGAUGGGCUCAUCUCAUAGGAGUGCAACUAAUUUCCUGCCCUUGGAUUACCAAGAUAUUAAACCCAUGAAUUUUGUGGUGCCAGAUGAAGUCUCAUGCAUUAACAAUGCAGAUCAAAAUGGGUAUUACAAAAAAUUUGGCAUGAAUGGUAAGAGUAGAGUGUCCACAUUAACAAGAGGGUCCACUUACAAAGGUCGGAAGAAGUCAAAUGUGGUCAAGGGCCAGUGGACAAUUGAAGAAGAUAGGCUCUUAAUUCAACUGGUUGAACAAUAUGGAGUGAGAAAAUGGUCUCAUAUUGCUCAAAUGUUGCCUGGAAGGAUUGGCAAGCAGUGUAGAGAGAGAUGGCAUAACCACCUAAGGCCUGACAUCAAGAAGGAUACAUGGAGUGAGGAGGAGGACAAGAUACUGAUUCAAGCUCAUGCAGAAAUAGGAAACAAGUGGGCAGAAAUUGCCAAGAGAUUGCCUGGGAGGACAGAAAACUCCAUCAAGAACCACUGGAAUGCAACCAAAAGAAGGCAGUAUUCGAAGCGAAAAUGUCGAUCAAAGUACCCCAGAGGCUCUCUUCUGCAAGAAUACAUCAAGAGCUUGAACUUAGACUCAACAGGCAGCAGCACAGGGCGCCAGAGAAAGAACAAGUCAGGCAACAACAUGGCCGCCAGCAGCACCAAAUCACAUACUCAACAGACACAAAACAACGUGGGAUUUUCAUGCGCAAAUGAUCGGUUGGUUCCAAACUAUGAUUUCAACGAGGACCCUGAUUUCUGUUUCGACGAUAACAUGUUUCAAGAAGGGUGCAGCAUUGAUUCUCUCCUUGAUGACAUCCCUUGUGCUCCUGUUAUUGGUGAGAACAAUGGUGAUUUUGAUGGUAAAAUAAUGGCCCAAGCUUCUGUUGUUGCUGAUGAGGAGAAAGAUUUUGAGAUGGAGAUGCAGGUGGAUGUGGAUGUGGGUCCAGUGAUGGAGAGUAGUGAAGUAAAGAAGGAGCUGGAUUUGGUGGAGAUGAUAUCUCAAGUGAACUAAAUAAGCUGGUGAUU